CUGCCAAUCACGCUAUUUACGCUGAACACGCCCAAUACGCCCAGCACGCCGCUAAAGCAAGCUGGAUGUUGGAAGACGCCAUUUUCGCGCGUCCUUCCAGGGACACAGAUGCUAUCAAAUUCAUGAUUGAGAAUGAGAGGCAGAAUGUAUAAAGGGGGGAAUGGCGUGUGCGAUAUGUUGAGUGAGUGUAUCUUUCCCGCGACACUUUGAAAUUAUAUUACCAUUUCUUAACUCUGUUCGCUGUCCUUCCAUGGAUUCCACUACAUUCAAACAGUAUUGGCUACCAGAGAAAAAAGGCUUCGACUCCCUGCAAUUGAGAGCUGUUCCAAAGGAAUCACCCCAGCUUGGUCAGAUCUUGGUCCGCAUCAAAGCUGUCUCGUUGAACUGGCGAGAUGGUAUCGUCGCCAUCGGCACUUACCCCUUUCCCGGCCCUGAUGCCCUAGUUCCCGGAAGUGAUGGUGCUGGCAUCGUCGAAGCGGUCGGGGAGGGUGUGACCGAAUGGAAAGAAGGUGAUCGUGUAGUCGCCAACUUCACCCAAGAACACAUCGCGGGUCGUCUCACUCGAGAUGUCGGCUUAACCCAGUUGGGCGGUGAAGCACAGGGCCUUCUCGGGGAGUACUUUAUCUUUCCCAAGACAGGCGUGGUUAAGAUCCCCGACUACUUAUCCUUUGAAGAGGCUUCGUGCCUUCCAUGUGCCGCCUUGACGGCUUGGAACGCCUUGUAUGGGCUGACUCCUCUGCGGCCUGGCCAAGCCGUUCUUCUACAAGGUACUGGAGGCGUUUCCACUUUUGCGCUGCAGAUAGCACACGCCGCUGGAGCCAAGACCAUUGUGACUUCGUCAUCUGACGAUAAACUGGCGAAAGCAAAAGAUCUUGGUGCAACGUAUGGAAUAAACUAUAACAAGACUCCCGACUGGGCUGCGGAAGCCAUGAAGAUCACCAAGGGCAAGGGAGUCGAUCACAUCAUUGAGAUCGGGGGAACUUUGACACUUCAGGCAUCAUUCGAUGCGAUCGGUUUCAAUGGACAGAUCCACUGCAUUGGGCACAUCACCAAUCCUGAUCCGUUGGGUGCUGGUAAAGACCUUCGAGGUCCUGAUGCGGCUUUCCUCGCGUUGGACCGUCUCUGUGUUGUUCGAGGUGUCGUGGUGGGAUCCCGAGAGCAGCUACAAGAUAUGCUGGAGUGUUUUGAGACGAACGAUAUUCGACCAGUCAUUGACCGCGUGUUUCCUUUUGAGAAGGCUAGGGAGGCGUAUGAUCACCUUUGGAGCUCCACGCAUACCGGAAAGGUUGUUAUUCAGGUUCCAUAGACUAUUUGAGCAGUAGGCUUUUAUUGACAAAUGAAAUAAGAUUGAUCUUC